AUGCCACACCUAACUGCAGACCCCAUCGAUAUAAGUCUCCUCCUUGAGUAUCUCCCUCCGGAGAUCGUUAUCCGAAUCUUUGAAUACCUCCACCUCAACCAUGUGAAGGAGUUGUUGACUUACCCUCCUACAUAUGAAGUAGCCUUCAACAAGUACUACAGCUCCAUAUGGGUAACCAGUGAUCCGUUUAUCGAACAAAACCGCAACGGCUACUCCCUCUUCCUCAAAAUCAAACAGUUCUCGCCCCUCUUCAAGCCCAACCACCCAUUAGACGGAGCGUUAUCGGAGAAUCCAAAGAUAAUACACCAAACAAACGAACGGCGCAAACCUAUGAACAACCAUUUGAGAAAAUUACCCGUGCGCAAGCUUUUCCUUGAUUUGUACGGUAUCCACCAACGGUUGGUUAGCGGAAGAGGACCGAUACUUGAGGAGCCUGAAGUCACAGAAGCCUUUCCAGUGCUAGAAGGUAAUGCGGCCAGCAGGGUGAAUCGGUGGUAUGCCCCUGUUUCGCCCGUUCCGUUUGGAACCAUUGAUGUGGAUGCAUAUUUCCCUAACACGCUUCGCCACUUGCUGGCCGAUGUUUACUACUACCACUGCUUGAUGCAAGAUAUUCCUUAUGAGCUGGUAACCCAUGGUUCCAACGUGUACUAUGGUUUUAGAUUGCCGGAUUUAUAUUUCCCGCGUCAUUUGAGGAAACUCUUUCUCUUGGGUAAUGGACCUGUUCAAUUACCACGGGUAAACUUCUCUACCUAUGGGACGCUACGGGAGCUACGGUUGAUUAAUAUAUCCUUUGGGGGAUGUCGCGCAAGCUAUAAGGACUCGGAAGCAUCCAUGGUUGUGUUUCCGCCUGGUUUAGAACGACUCAGUAUUAUGUCUAAUCCACAAUUGACCGGUUUGGCGAGCCUCCAGGCGCUCCCGAAGUUCUUGAAAAGCUUGACCAUCAAGGACAACCACUUGCCUUGCUUGACCCUGGCUGAUUCUCAGGUCUUGCCUCCGGGCCUUGAGAGCUUAAGUCUAGAAAGCAACGGUAUAGCAUUCUUGUCGGACUUCAAGUUCCCUGCCGGUUUAAAAGAGUUGGUGUUGCAUUACAACUGUAUCACUAGCUUCAUGGAUGGAGUCGAGUUCCCUGAGAGGAUGGAGACGUUGGAUGUGGAUGAUUAUGGGUUGUACCAAGAGUACUUGGACUCCCGGUGUGAAGUGGCGGAGUGA